AUGGCGCUAUACAGGACUUCCGACGCCUUGAUGUGCAGGGCAUUCCCAACAACCCUGCGGGGGCCGGCUCGUGCGUGGUACAACAGCCUGAAGGCCGGGACCGUCGCCUCCUUCGACCAACUCACCAGAGAUUUCGAGCUUAACUUCCUGGCUUACGCUCGACCAAAGUCGUCUGUGGCGUUGCUCCUCGGACUCAACCAAAGGGAGGACGAGCCCCUCUCCCAUUUUGUGAACCGCUUUACGACGCAAAUUCGCGGGCUGUCGGAUGCUCACCCCUCUCUGUUGAUGCAGGCAUUCAUGACAAGCUUGCGGCCUUCCAGGUUCUUCUGGUCUCUCGUGGAGCGGCCCCCCGCCGCGGUCCCCAAAAUGCUUCAGCGUGCUAGUCAGUUCAUCGCCGCGGAGACAUGGAUGGCUGGGAAGCGGGAGGAGCACAAAAAGGUCAAGUCGGAGCCGCCCCGACAGCAACAACCCGUCGCAUCCCGACGUAAGUUGGACAGGUCCGACCCAAGGCCUCCUCUCCCUCUCUUGAGUUCGUCCCGAACAGAAAUAUUUCUCCAUGAGAAGGGGAAGGGGCUACUCAAGGAUCCUCACCCAAGCGGUAGGCCCCUGACCGGCAAAGCGCCAUACGAGAAGAGGUGGGCCGACUUUUAG